UUCUCAUCAAAAACCCAUUUCCUUCCAUAAAUAAGAACACCCAUAUCUACUAACCAUCUCUGUUUCUUCUCCCUUCCCGGGUAGAGAGAAAUCCCCAAAAAGGAAAAUGGCAGUCAGCACAGUGUACACCAUCCAGUCUUCACUCCACUAUAGCUGUUCAAUUUCCACACCCGGUAAAACCCAGUUGGGAUUUCAGCAGAAACAGGUGGUUUUAUACAGCUCCGGCAAGAAAACCGGCAGAAGAGGCAGCAUAACAUGUGGUGCUGAGGACAAAACAAUAGUAAUUGGACUGGCAGCAGACUCAGGGUGUGGAAAGAGUACAUUCAUGAGGAGACUUACAAGUGUGUUUGGAGGAGCAGCUGAACCACCGAAAGGAGGAAACCCAGAUUCCAACACUUUGAUCAGUGACACUACCACUGUGAUAUGUUUGGAUGAUUACCAUUCUUUAGACAGGACAGGAAGGAAAGAGAAAGGUGUUACUGCUUUAGAUCCGAGAGCAAACGAUUUUGAUCUAAUGUAUGAACAGGUUAAGGCUAUUAAGGAAGGAAUUGCAGUUGAUAAACCCAUUUAUAAUCAUGUCACCGGUCUUCUUGACCCUCCUGAGGUUAUCAAACCACCCAAGAUUCUAGUCAUUGAAGGUCUUCAUCCAAUGUAUGAUUCACGUGUGAGAGAUCUGUUGGACUUCAGUAUCUAUUUAGACAUAAGUAACGAUGUUAAAUUUGCUUGGAAGAUUCAGAGAGACAUGGCAGAAAGAGGACAUAGCCUUGAAAGUAUUAAGGCCAGUAUUGAAGCCCGUAAACCCGACUUUGAUGCUUACAUUGACCCACAAAAGCAGUAUGCAGAUGCAGUGAUAGAAGUGUUACCAACCAAUCUGAUUCCAGAUGACAAUGGAGGAAAGAUAUUAAGAGUAAGACUCAUAAUGAAAGAAGGUGUAAAGAAUUUCAGUCCAGUUUAUCUCUUUGAUGAAGGCUCCACCAUUUCUUGGAUUCCCUGCGGAAGAAAACUCACCUGUUCAUACCCUGGCAUCAAUUUCUCUUACGGCCCCGAUUCUUACUACGGCCAAGAGGUAUCUGUCCUAGAGAUGGAUGGUCAAUUUGACAGGCUAGAUGAGCUAAUCUAUGUUGAGAGUCAUCUGAGCAACCUUUCGUCGAAAUUCUACGGAGAGGUUACUCAACAGAUGCUCAAGCAUGCCGAUUUCCCUGGAAGCAACAAUGGAACCGGUUUCUUCCAGACUAUUGUCGGCUUAAAGAUCAGAGACCUUUACGAACAAAUUGUCGCCACAAGGGCAUCCGCAUCUCUAGUCCAAGCCAAGGCCUGAAAAAUAUAUAGCAAGUUUCCUUUGUCAAGACCAAAUUCUCAAUUCUCUUUUCUUUCUUUGUCAAAACCAAAUUCAAAAUAUCAAAUAAUGAUUCAAAGAA